AUGGAUGUAGCUGUUGACACGUCCUCAGUCCAGUUUGGAGGACAAUGGAGCUUCCUACGGAAUCAAAACCAAACACUCUCUACUGGCCAUGUCUCCCGAAGGCCACUUCAUCAACUUGUCGGCUAUCGAGAUCGGUUGCGUUCGUCAACAAUUCCUUCUCAACCGGUGACCGUCCGAGUAAAUUCGGCUGAUGCUUCUUCACAUUUGAAUCCUGCACCGAGAACAAACAGAAUGGGCAAACGUGAUGAACUUCCUCCGGUUUCCGACUUUACCAUCGACGGGAUCUUGGCUGCUAUACAACCCGAUAUCGAGGGGACACUAGAUGCUAUUGCAGAGAUUAUGGGAAGAAGCAGACUCAGUUUGGCGAACGAAUAUGAUAGUCACAUGCCACCACAAGGCGAGAUCAGAGCAAGUUCGAGGUCUGCUCUCUUGCCUGUUGAAGAGGCAAGCUCCAGCAACGAACAGUUGGCCGCCGAUAAUGUCAUUAUAGUUCCAGAAGAUGCAAGUCUGAUCGAUGGGAGUCAUGCUGGAUCUGCCGCUUAUGGACUGUUGGAGAGAUUGAGAGCCGCACCCCGAACGAGGCGAAGUGAUCUCAUGGCCCCUCGAGCAUUGUCCUCUCCUGCAGUCCUGGAGGAUUUUGAGGAGCCCAUAUCACCAACCACUCUACGCUCAUUACUCAACAAUGGUGGCCGACCUACCGAACCUACUGUAUCCGAGACAUACUUAUCUGCUGGUGCGAAUGAUCGGCUUGCAUCAAGCCCGAUUAUGGUGGCGGACAGUGAGCAUCCUUUAUACUACGACGAUACAAACUUGUUGCAAGAGCUGUCUAUACCACAGUCGCCGCAACAAGUCGAGUCGGCACAAAUCCGAGUUCAGAAUCUGUCCCUGAUUUCGGACCUGCGUGGUCUUGCUACUUGGCUGCACCGAGAUCGAAGGGCAUGUCCCAAGAUUCAGGAAGAUGCAGAGACAAGGUUGCGAAUGAUCUUGGAAAGGAAUGUACAUAAGGGAGAGGCUGACGACGGAAUGCAUAAACCAUGA